CUUAACAGAUCAAGAAAAGAAACAAAUGAGAAGUAUAUAGAACAGUGCUAUAUUUUAUUGCUUUACACGUUUAAAAGUAGUUUUCACAUUACUGUGUUUGUGGUGUCAGACAAGGAAACACCAUGGUCCAUGACUGGCCAGGCUCAAGUCAUCAAACACGUGGAUAGCAGGACUAUAGUAUUCCUAAUCCAGGGAUUUUUUGAUCUAAAUAAAAGAGUAAGAAUAGGAGAGGGUGUGAAAAAAAUAUUGUGAGAACAAAUCUACUUGCAGAAAAUAAAAUGUAUGAGUUAAGAUGUACCGCAGACAAUGCUCGCUUCGGCAGCACAUAUACUAAGAUGCACUGCAGAUAAAAUUUUAAUCUAUAUUCUUUAUAAGAGGCAUUAAACUGUCUUGUACUGGUUGGAUGGGUAAAAGGCUAUGGGAAGUUUCAACACUACUUUCAUAGAAGGCUUUAUUUUGAUGGGUUUCUCAGAUUGGCCUCAGUUGGAAGUCUUUCUUUUCAUCUUUAUUUUGAUUUUCUACUCUCUAACUCUCUUUGGCAACACCACUAUUAUUGCUCUCUCUCAACUGGAUAUUCGACUGCGAACACCCAUGUUCUUCUUUCUCUGCCACCUCUCCUUCCUGGAUCUCUGCUAUACUACAAGCACUGUGCCCCAGCUUCUGAUCAAUCUUGGAGGAUCUGACCGGACCAUCAGCUAUGGAGGGUGUGUGGCCCAGCUCUUCGUUGUGCUUGCCUUGGGCUCCACUGAGAGUAUGCUCUUGGUGGUAAUGGCUUUUGAUCGCUAUGCUGCCAUCUGUCGUCCGCUCCAUUAUAUGACCAUAAUGCACCCCAUUCUUUGCCAGGCAUUGGCUUUUACCGCCUGGUUGGGUGGUUUUAUAAACUCUCUGAUUCAAACAGGUCUUAUGAUGGCCAUGCCUCUUUGUGGCCAUCACUUAAACCAUUUCUUCUGUGAGAUGCCUGUAUUCCUGAAGUUAGCUUGUGAGGACACAGGAGGAACAGAGGCAAAGAUGUUUGUGGCUCGAGCGGUAAUCUUGGUCUUUCCAGCAGUACUAAUUCUUGUCUCCUACAUACAUAUUACUAUGGCAGUGCUGAGGGUCAAGUCAGUGGCUGGACGGAGAAAGGCUUUUGGGACCUGUGGUUCUCACCUUCUUGUGGUUUCCCUUUUUUAUGGCUCAGCUAUCUACACAUAUCUCCAACCCACUGGCAGUUAUUCUGAGAAGGGGGGAAAGUUUGUUGCUCUUUUUUAUACGAUUGUUACCCCCAUGCUCAAUCCUUUGAUUUAUACCUUAAGGAACAAGGAUGUUAAGGGGGCCCUGACAAAGAUACUAGAGAGAGGCUCAGGUUCAAGGUAG